CGUUAUUCGAAGAACGAUGAUAAAGCAGAAGGAUAUGCAGAACUCAUAAAAAACAAGGGUAACAACCUAGCAGAUCUUGCAAAUAUAUAUAAGCGCCAUGUCAGGGAUUCCAGAUUUCGGUCAACAAGGAGAUCAAAACCCGCUGAUGAAAAUGACACGGUACCAAUCAAGAUAAGAAUAUGUGGUGCAUCUGUUACCGAGAGAGAAUUUGUGCACUCUCUCAUGCCCAAAGGACAUGUAGACCUUAACUUCAUGUGGCUUUGCAAAGUUGCAAUAAUGCGAGAUUGGGCUUCAAAGUCCAAACUCAUCCUUAACCAACCAAUCAUUGAGUUCAUGAAACCAUACCAUAGAUGUGACCACAAUAGCAUGGCUAAGAGACUAAAGAAGUAUGAACUCCAUUUGAUUGAGCAGCUGUUCCUUCAUAUAUGCGACAACAAUCAUUGGAUUCUUCUGCUUGUCAACCUUGCUCAACAAGCUGUCGAGAUAUAUGAUUCUCUUAGGACAAUCAAGAAAGGGGAACAUCCCUACAAGGACCUCUGGAAGACAGUGGGGACUAAUCUCCAAGAUUCCUACAAUGUUGCUAUGAUGUCGAAGAUUCCAAUAUUCGAUGACUUCAAGCCCAUUUAUCCUAAGAUGCACACACAGACGAACAACGACGACGGUGGUUUCUCCAUCAUCGGACUACUUGAAUGCCACAAUGGAAAAGAACUUGUCGGCAAUGGAAAGAUAAGCAUGUCUGUUUACCGUACAAAAGUCUGUGAUACUCUCGUCCACCACCGUCUCAAUGAUCUGAACCCUGACCGCACAGAGCUGGUGAGCUCUUCUGCUGUAUUCUGAAGAAGUGAAGUCAUGAUAUUUUGUUAUCUUCUGCUAUAUUCUGAAGAAGUGAAGUGAUGGAGCACAUAUGCAAAUCAAUGUAUUACAGAGGGGCGACGCAUAGCCUUUCCUGCUUUCUGCUCACGGGUUUAUGCACCUUGGCUUUGUACAUGUUUCAAAACUUGCUCCUCCUUUUGGCCAAGGCCUUUCGGACAUGCGCUCCAUGAAUGCUUCAGACUUCUGUCAUACUCGACCUUCAGGCAUGCGGCCUUGCACUGCAUGUUCAUCUUAAAAAAACCAAUGUCUCACGUCUCAGUUA